AUGCAGCAGGAACGGCUGUUCUUUUUUGCUCUUGCUACAUGCUCAGGAGCUUCGUGGGUGCUGCCGCCAGUGUUGGCCUUCUUUGGCGGACAUUCGUCGCCGUCGCCCUUUACAGGGUUGGGUGAGCUACAUCCAGGUCUCGCAGACUGCCGGCAAAGGACGGCCCAGUUUGUCCGCAAGGCCGUGGAAUCUGGACGGUCGGCAAAGCGAAAGACAGCGGCAGAGGAGGCGAGCCUCGAGCAGCAUACGGUCCUGCAGCUUCGCGAGAAGCUGCGGAAGCUCCAGCUCCCUGUGUCUGGAAGGAAGCAGGAGCUCAUCCAGCGUCUCAAUGAGGCACGAGCGUUGCAAGAUGAAGACGAGCGGUCUGCGGAACCAGCGCAGCCGUACCACGAGAUGAAG